UCAUUUCCAAUAAUAACAACAAACUCACCACUAAGAAAUCCUAAGAGAAAAGCUUCAGAGAACCAAAAAUGUCAGGAAGAGGAAAAGGAGGAAAGGGUUUGGGAAAGGGAGGAGCCAAGAGGCAUCGUAAGGUUCUCAGGGACAACAUCCAGGGAAUCACCAAGCCGGCGAUUCGCCGUUUGGCCAGACGUGGCGGAGUUAAGCGUAUCAGCGGUCUCAUCUACGAGGAGACUCGCGGUGUACUCAAGAUCUUUCUCGAGAACGUUAUCCGUGACGCCGUUACUUACACCGAGCACGCUCGACGUAAGACUGUUACCGCCAUGGACGUCGUCUAUGCUUUGAAAAGACAAGGACGAACUCUGUACGGAUUCGGAGGUUUAUCCAACGGUUCACAAUCCAAACUCACUCCCUACGCGGAUCGCUACUUAAUCCAACGGUCACAAUCAAACAUCCCAACACCUAUAAAUACCCUACCCAACCUCAUUUCCGAUAACAUCAGCAACAAACUCACCACUAAGAAAAACGAAAAGAAAACUUGCAGAGAAGGAAAAGAACCGAAAAUGUCAGGAAGAGGAAAAGGAGGAAAGGGUUUGGGAAAGGGAGGAGCCAAGAGGCAUCGCAAGGUUCUCAGGGACAACAUUCAGGGCAUCACUAAGCCGGCGAUUCGCCGUUUGGCCAGACGUGGCGGAGUCAAGCGUAUCAGCGGUCUCAUCUACGAGGAGACUCGCGGUGUACUCAAGAUCUUUCUCGAGAACGUUAUCCGUGACGCCGUUACUUACACUGAGCACGCUCGCCGGAAGACUGUUACCGCCAUGGACGUCGUCUAUGCUCUCAAGAGACAAGGACGAACUCUGUACGGAUUCGGAGGCUGAUCUUUUGUUGUUAGGGUUUCUUUAGGUUAUGAAUUUGGGGAUCUUGGCUUGGUUAGCUAAUUUAAUACGUUUUCUACAAUGUGAUUAGUUACUUGUCGUUUAAGUGUAAUUUGCAAUAUGAUCAAUGAAGCUAAUUUGAAAUAUUAUCAAAUUUCAA